GUCCCCUAAGCAAAAAGAGUGUGACUCUCUCUGACUCACUCCUAAGAAAGAACAAACAAACACCGUCUUUCUCUUUUCUCGCGUGUCGUACGGAUCGUGCAAUUUUCGUGAGCGCGAUCGGCGAAUGAAAAUGAAAAAGAAACGAAAGGAAAGUGAGGCCAGUGGACGGUCGUCGAACUUGCCGGAGAUUUCGAAGUCGCAUCACUCGCUGGAGCGGCGUUCGCGGCUGAACAAGCGGUGCAGGGAAGAUCGCGGCGUGGCGACGGUGCCGCCUUCACGCGGCGCGUCGUUACUCUUGACGCCGUCGCGCGGCUUGAAGCGGAAGAUAGGGUGCAUCGACAAGGCCACGCAGAUGGGAAGGAGCAUGAGGAUCGAGGACGAUUACGUGACCGGGGGCAGCGCGAUCGGGCAGGGGAAGUUCGGGUCGGUGACGGUGUGCCGCGCACGUGCGAACGGCGCGGAGCACGCGUGCAAGACGCUGAGGAAGGGGGAGGAGACGGUGCACAGGGAGGUGGAGAUAAUGCAGCACGUGUCGGGGCACCCUGGGGUGGUGACGCUGGAGGCUGUGUAUGAGGAUGAUGAGCGUUGGCACCUUGUGAUGGAGUUGUGUUCUGGAGGGAGGUUGGUUGAUAGGAUGAAGGAGGGGCCGUGCUCGGAGCACGUGGCGGCGGGGGUACUGAAGGAAGUGAUGUUGGUGGUUAAGUAUUGCCAUGAUAUGGGUGUCGUGCAUAGGGAUAUUAAGCCUGAGAAUGUUUUGCUCACCGGGUCCGGGAAGAUCAAGCUCGCGGAUUUCGGGCUCGCCAUCAGGAUUUCUGAGGGUCAGAAUUUGACAGGUGUGGCUGGGAGCCCUGCAUAUGUUGCACCAGAAGUGUUGUCGGGUAGAUAUUCUGAGAAGGUGGAUAUAUGGAGUUCUGGGGUGCUCCUGCAUGCUUUGUUGGUUGGUGGUCUUCCAUUUAAAGGAGGUUCACCGGAAGCAGUUUUUGAGGAAAUUAAGAAUGUCAAACUAGAUUUUCAAACAGGGGUGUGGGAAUCAAUUUCUAAACCUGCACGAGAUCUUGUUGGGAGAAUGCUGACAAGGGAUGUUUCAGCAAGGAUAGCAGCUGAUGAAGUACUAAGGCAUCCAUGGAUAUUGUUCUACACUGAGCGCACAUUAAAGAUGUUGCCCUUUAAAUCAAAAUUGAAACUCCAAAAUGCAGCUGCUUCUGCAACUGAAUCUGGGUUAGGAGGAAACAAGAUAGAUGAUGAUGGUUCCCUUGAUGAGGAUUAUUCAAGCCCAUUUUCAUCCUCUGAAAGUUGCAAUUCAGAGAAUCAUGAGGACUGUGUGUGGAUUGAUGCACUUUCCACUGCAGUUUCACGUGUGAGGAUAUCCGAAACAAAGAGGACCAAGUUGUGGGGUCCCACAACCACAAGUCCACUUGAUCAGCAAGGUUCAUCUAACAUGAAGACUAACCUCUGUAAAGCAUUCUGACUUACUGACAGGUUGACACCGAUGGCAUACACCCACAAUAUCGACUGCUUUAGCUGGGGUUUUAUAAUAAACUUAGCCCAACACAUUCUACAGUUGGCAAAAGUGGAUUUCAUGCUAACAUCCCAUAUUAGGUUGACCUGGGUGCCAGUUUCCCUCCCAAGUUUCUUUUUAGUGUGAAAUCUAAUUACAGUAUGUUUCUUUGGUUCCUCUGUCCAUAAAGCCUAAUAAUGAUUAGCUGAGAAAACUCAGUUGUACAGAACUUGUACAUAUUAAUGUUAAUGUGUGGCUGCAUGUUUUUGCUCUUGCAGGAGAAGGGGUUUAUAUACGAAUAUAUGUUAUGAUUUCACUUGCUUAGUGAAAACUUUAGCUUUCUUUCUUUUGGAAGACCCUAAUAAGAACCUAUUAUUUAA